GCAAGCCAAAUACUACAGGACAUAACUCUUCGUCUUCGCCCUUAUCGCACCUCUGUCCCUGUUUUGCGUCAUUAAUCCCGAAUUCCUCAAUGUGACUAUGGAAUUGCUAGGAAGUUCUGUCAAUUGAUGACUCAACCCCAUCGACAAAAAUAAUUCGAUUCCAUAAUCCGCGCAAUUCCACUACCAACUCCUACGGUCCGAUCUGUCUAGCCCCUCACCAGUUCAUUCAUGGCUUCAUUUUUUGGACGACCCGAUCCAUUCGCCCCCGAGGGGAGUAGAGGAACGAACACGACGCAAACCACCUCCAUUUCUGAUUUACCUCAGGCACAAAUAGACGCAAUUAUCAGGACGAAACGGAAGGCGCGAGAGCCGAAAGCUUGUUAUCCAUGUCAUACCAGAAAAGUUAAAUGCGACCGCAACCUUCCAUGCGAUGGCUGCGUCAAAAGAGACCAUGCCGAUCUUUGUUCUUAUGAGCGACCGUCAAAAAAGCGACAGGCGAAUACGGCUUUCCAGCCGACCGCCACCAACGAUGAGGUACCGGAGAUGAGUAUCCCGAGUGUCGAAAGCUCCAGUGUACAGGUCAAAUCAGAGACUGUAGAUAGUGUUCCUGCGGAUUUUGACUCGAGUGGACGAAUCUCGGUACCUCGUGAACAUUGGAACAAUGUGUGCAACAAGUUGAAGGAAAUGGAACAAGCCAUGUCCACUCUGAGAAGUGGUCUAGAGCAAAUCGAUGCCGGUCGUUCAUCGAUUACCAUGGCGCCGGAUAGUGCUCAGAGCGCCGAUGCAAAUAAUUCCUCACCUGGAACAUCUCCAGAACGUGAAGGUAUACAUACUACACAUACAUACGGCGAAGGCACGGUCCAUCUCGGAUCGAGAUCAGUCUUGGCAUAUAUCUUGAAUAAGUCCGGUUCUCUUCAAGCCCAAGCGCUGCUUGAGGGUGGUAUUCUACCCAAACUUGGUCUCGACAACGAAACAGCUACAUAUCCUUUCGUUGAUUUAUGGUCUUCCGAUACCUCUGCAUUCGACGUGAACGCAGUUUGCAAUGCUUUACCAACUGAUCAACAAAUAUUAGAGUUCUUUCACUACUACAGAGAUAUCGCUGGUACUCUUUACCCGGUAUUAGUGGACGUACCUGGGUUUGAGGCCAAUCUUCAUACUUUCCUACGAAAUAGGAGUGCAGCCGGGGGCGUCUUCAAACAAGGCGAGGAUCGAGGGCUUUCGCAAAGGCCGUUUGGCAUGAGCCUGGCCUUUGUUGGGUCGCUCUUUGCUGUAUUAGCAUCUGGGUGUCAAUCAUCAGAUCUUCCUGGCAAGGAGCGAGAACUUACAUCCCAAGUUUAUGUCUGCUGUGCUUACCAAUGCCUUCGCAUGUGUAAUUUCGUAUCUCAACCUACUCUUGAGGCAAUGAAGACGCUGCUAAUUAUUGGCAACGUUCUCUCAUAUAACAUGAACCCUGGUGUCUCUUAUGUUCUACUAGGAAUGACAAUGCGCAUGGGCCUGGCUUUGGGGCUUCACGUUGAGUCGAAUCGAUUUGACCCCGUUGAGCGGUACACUCGACAGCACAUAUGGUGGUCCAUGGCUUGGCAAGACAGCCAUUUCUCCCUCUCUUAUGAUCGGCCGUCAACUGUGGCAGUCAGUCAACCCGACAUUGCCGACCGACCAGAAUCUAUGCCAGGGAAUCGCGACUAUUUCGAGACGAUGUGCAGAAUCAUAUCAUUAACUCUUGAAGUUGUCCGCGGUCGUAUGGUUACGCCUCAUUUCCGCAUGAGUUUCAAGUCUAUACAAACAUACAAAGACCGGAUACAGCAAUUUCUCGCCGAGGCGUCUCCGCAUUUACGGGAUCGUCAAUACUGCCGAACGUCUAUGGAUCAUCUCCAACGACUUGCGCUAAGGGUCCACUCGUCCUACAUCACAUCAGAACUUUGCAGGCCAGCGCUGAAACCCGAAGCCGACAAAGAAGAUCCCUUAUUACCCGUUGUGCGUCGUUACUGUGUCGAAAAUCUCAUCAGCACAGUUGAAUCUUACAUCGAACUCCACUCAUUCAGCGCCCAUGGCUCGCGCGCUUGGAUCACCCUGCAACGUGCCAUUAGCUGUGCGUUCCUUCUUGCUGUCAUCGACGAAGGACGGACCGAACCUAAAGUCAAAGAGCUUCUGCACGAGCUUGAAGUGAUAAUAUCUGAACGAGCGACUGCCGAGGGCGGCUUCGACUCUGCCGCAUCCGCGGUCCCUGCAGGUACAAUUUCAGAUUCAUAUCAGGGCGCACAACCGGCAUCGAUCCCAGCGAAUAUCUCAAUGGAUACCCAGACGCAAUGGGCCAAACCUCUCGUACGGUCUCUCCGCGCAUUACAGAAACUUAACAUUGCUUUCGAUUCGUACAACAAUCAGCCCGGCAGUAGCCAUACUGCAUCUCUCGGUUCCGCAGAUGCCCUAUCGGCACAACAAUCCAUGGGAUAUCGACGAACCUCUUCUGUAAAUCCCCAACCUCAAUCUGCAUAUACUCCGAACAUGGGAUCGUUACCUCCUCCAACCCCCGAAAGCUCCAGCAGCGGUGACUGGACAUUCCCGAAUCUCCUUGACAGGGCUGCAGAGUACAUCCACCCUCCACUCUGGGGAUAACAAAACCUCCUGCGCUCUCUCUCCCUCUCUACUUUUCAAGUUUGAUCAUUGCGUUCAGCUUUUUCCUCUUUUUUUUUU